AUGUUGAUACAUCAAACCAAAAUAUUUAAUAGUGAUGAUUUAAAAUAUGUACGAAUCGAUUAUACACCCAGAAUUCCUUCACCUCAAUAUAUAUGUCAAAAGAAAUAUACAUAUAACGAAAAGGAAGAGAUAUUUAAAAAAGAAAAAAUCAUAACAUAUAAAAAUUGUGAUCCUAAAAAAUAUAGUAAUGCUAAUGAUAUCAAAAAAAAGGGUAAUAUUAAAAUAUACAAAAGCAAGGAUAUUUAUAAAAAUGUAGAUAAUAAUCAGAAUUAUGUAUAUAAACAAGAAAAAAUUAUUACGAAACGAAAAUAUACGAAUCCAAAAGAUGAAAUAGGAAAAAAUAAAAAAAAAAUGACUUUUUCAAAAGGUUCAACUGAAAGGAUUUUACUAAUUAAACAUAACAAAAAAGAUGUAAAAAAGGAAUGUGUCCAAAAAGAAAAUAUUAAAAUAAUAAAUAAAAAUAAUAAUGACAACAUGAAAAAAAAUAAGAAACUCCAUUCUCCUUUCAUAAUAAACGAUAAGACAAAAAAUUUGUACUUCAAAAAUGAAAAAUUAAUAAUUAGUCAAAAAAUAAAAGAACAAGAAAAAAAAAUCAAACCCACCGAAAUUAUAAAUAAUUCUUCUUAUCUUAAAUUAGGUAAGAAGAACCACACGAUACAAACAAAAGAACAUUACAAUCGUGAAAAGAUAAAAGAUAUAUCAUAUGCAGAUAUCAAAAAAAAAGAUAAAUUAAAAAAAAUGCGUAUAAUCAAAGAACAAGAACAUAUUAAUAAUUACACCUUCGAGAGCGAAAAAAAAAGAAUAGAAACAAAUAAUACACCAAGUAUCAAAAAUAAACAAAAUAUUGAUAACAAAAAUAAGAUGAAAAAAGUUAUACAUACAGAUCUUAUAAAAUUAUAUCCCAUACAAAAUAUAAAAGAAAAAUCCCAAAUCAAUAAUACCCUUAAUAGAGAAAAGACAAAAAAAUAUCAAGCACUCAAAAAUAAUAUUAAAAAAAUUAAGGCGCAAAUAAAUAAGCAAAAUGAUAUUUAUAAAAAUAUAUUCAUAUCUACACAAAUUAAUAAAAAUAAUCAAACGUCUACAUAUAUAAAUAAAAAAGUCAACGUUAAAAAUAAAAAAAUAAUAAAUAAUGACAAUGAUAAAAUAAAAUAUCGUAUGCUCACACAAUAUGCUAAACCCAUAUUAUCAUCAAAUAAUAUAUCUAAUAAAAAUGAAUAUGUUAAUGAAGAGAAAAAAAAAAUGAACAAAAAAAUUAAAAUGUUAGCAACAAGGAAAAAAAAUAAUAAUAUAAAUAUAAAAGUAAAUAAAAUCAAAAAUAAAAAGACUGAUACUUGUAAUCAUUAUCUCGAUGAAGGACCUAAUAUUAUAAAGAGCCAAGAAAGUAUCUUAUAUGAUUUAAUAAAUCAAAAAAAAAACAAAGACAAAAUAAAAAAAUUCUUACAAAAUUCAGACAAGCCAAACAAUAUAAGUCAGCUAAAGAUUCAAGAAAAAGAAAAAAAAAAAAAAAAAAUUAAAAAAUCACACAAGAGAAAAUUUAUACAUUUGUAUAUAUCUUCACAGGAUAAUAUAAAAGUAGAAUCAAAUAAAAAGAAUAGUAAAGACAAAGAUUCUAAUCAUAACGAACCUAUUGUACAAUUAAAAAAAAAAAAAAGAAAAAUUCAAACAAAUAAACCAAAUGAAACUAUCGAUAGAAUAAUAAAAAAAAAAGACAACUCCACAAUAAAAUGUAUAGUACAAAAAAUAUGUCAGAGUAAUACAUACAAUAAUAAUAAUAAUAAUAAAAAGAAAGAUAUGCAUAUAAAUAUAAAAAAAAAAGAAAAUAGUAAUCAUAUUCUUUUUUAUGAUCAUAAUAACAUGUCAUGUAAUCACAAAAUAAAAAAUAUUAUAUAUCCGGAAUAUACAAAUCAAAAGCAAGACACAACAUAUUAUCAUAAUAUUAAAGACAAAUAUCAAGCUUAUAAAAAAGAAAAUCAAAAUGGAGGAGAAUGCAUAAAGUAUAAAAAUAUACAUACAAAUAAUGACAAAAAAGAAAACAUAGUAUUCCAUAUAAAUAAUCAAAAUGAACAAAUAUAUGAAAAAAAUACAAACAUGAAUAAAUAUAAUAAUGUUGAUUGUUCAGCAUAUCAACAAAAACGAGUUGAUGUUAAGUCUACCAGAGUAACACAUAAAUCUAAUAAUAUAAUUACAUCAGAUAAUAAUAUUAAACAAGAUGAGAAGAAAUUAAAAAGUUUGAACGUAUACAAAAUAAUACAUAAUAUAAAUAAAGAAACAACAUAUAAUAUUGCCUCAAAUAUAAAAGCCAAUAUUUCACAUAUAUAUGAAAAAAAUAAAACAUAUAAUAAACACAUAAAUAAUUACAAGGAGUACAAGAAAAUAGAUCCAAUAUCUUUUAAUAAUACAAUACAACCAAAUAAUUUAGAAAAAAAAAAUGCCUCAUCAAAUAUAUCUAAAUGUAGAUAUUUAUAUAAGCAUAUAUACAUGAACAAGGAUAACCAAAAAAUAGAAGGGAAUAAUGUUAAUAUAAACAAGAACAUAAAUAUGAAUAAUAUGAAUAAUAUGAAUAAUAUGAAUAAUAUAAAUAGUAUAAAUAGUAUAAAUUAUAUAAAUGAAAAACAAAAAUUAUAUUACAAAAUGGUGUCGGAGAAACAUAAGGGUAUUAAAAAUGAAUUCAUCGAACUAGAACCCAAAAAUAAAAAAAAUAAAAAUAAAAAUAAAAUAAAUAAAAUUAUUAAGGACAAAAGGAAAGUAUAUACACCAAUAAAAAAAAUAAUAAAAAAAAAAUAUAUUUUUAUAUAUGAUAAAACAAAAAUAUUCACAAGAAAAAAACAUCAUUCCAUUAUUAUAAUAGUAAAUAAAUUUAAAAUUAAGGAACAUAACUUAUUAUUAUUUUUAAACAAAACAAAGUUAAAUAAAUAUAUACCUAAGGUAGAAAAUAAUACAGAUAUUCAAAAUAAUACUAUUUUAAAUAAAGACAAUUUAUAUAUACCAUGUAUAAAAUAUGGUAAAUACAUUUCUUGGAUACAAAAAAUGUGCUACUUAUAUUUUCUAAUUCAAAUAAUGAAGAAGAACAAAAUGGAACAGAAUAAAAAAGGUUUAAAUAAUUAUAUAAGUAUACAAAAAAGACAAAAAGAAAAAAAAAAAAAAAAAAAUAAUAAUAAUAAUAAUAAUAAUAAUAAUAAUAAUAAUUUAAUUGUUAAUAUAUAUAAUAAAUCUGCAAAUGUAUAUGUAAAUAUCCAUGUAAAUAUAAAAAAAUAUAUGGUUUUAUAUAAAAUAUGCAUAUUUAUGCUCACAUGUUUAAUACAAACAAUAUAUAUAAACAAUAAAUACAUUACAUAUAUAUACAAUAUAAAAAAAGAAAAUAUCACAAAUUGUGUUCUAUAUAAAUCUAUAAUAUAUAAUAAUUGUAACAAAGAAAUUCAAAAAAAGAAAAAAAAAAAAAAAAUUCAUAUCAAUAUAAUAAAAGACAAUAAGUUAAAUCAUAUGAUAAUUCAAAAUAAAAAUAUUAUCAUAGUCAAUAAAAUAUAUACUAAUAUAUACAUAAUCAAAUACAAUAAUAUAAGCAAAAUAUAUAUUAUUAUCAUUGUAAAAAAUAUAUUCUUUACGAAAAUUAUAUUCAUUAAUAUAUAUCAUAUAUAUUAUAAAAAUUAUUAUUAUAUAUAUAUUAUAACUAUAAAUAUGAAGUACUUAGACAGAAUCAAUAAAUCACCUAACGACAAUCAUAAAAUUAGGUGUUAUCAAGAUAGGUACAUAAAAUAUGAUAUUAAAAUUAGAAAGAAAAAAAUAUAUCUAUAUAUUAUAUAUUUAUAUUAUUAUAUAAUAAAUCAUCUACGUUUCUUUUUAUAUAACCAAGAUAUAAUAAAAUAUAUACAUACAUAUAUUAUAAAAACAAAUAAAAUUCAUAGACAUCUGAAUAAAGUCAUUUUCUAUAAAAGACGAUUCAUAAAAAAAAAAAUUUCUAUAUGUAUUCAAAAUAAAAAAAAAAAAAAAAUGAAUAUAUUGAGCAUUAUGAAAUUUAAUUAUAUACAUGAUGAUUUAUAUAAAAAAAAUAGUUAUAUGAAUUAUCAAAUAUUUUAUCAAAUAUUUAUAAAAAGAAAUAGCAAAAAAAUAACAAACAUAAAAAAUAUUUGUUCAUAUAAGAAAAAGCAAAAAUGUGUGAAAAAAAUUAAUACAAAUGAAAGGUACAAACAAAAAAACAGUAUUCAAAAAAAUAUAAAAACAAAAAUUUAUAGUACAAAAAAAUAUAUAUAUAACCAUAUAUACACACCAAAUAUACAAUAUAGCUGUAGACAACAUAAUAUAACUAAUAAUGUAAAAAAAAGCUUGGAACAAAUAAAAAAUAUUUUUUACAUUUUUAUUACAAGAAUAAAUCUUCAGUAUAUUCAAAAAUGUAUAUGUUAUAAUAUUAUGCAAUAUAAUAAAUUAAGAGCAAAAAAAGAAAAAGAAAGAAAAGAAAAAAGAAAAAAGAAAAUAAUGAUAAACCAAACGAUAAACAAAAAUAUAGACAGAAAUAUAUAUCAAGAUGUUUAUCAAAAUGUAUAUCAAAAUGUAUAUCAAAAUGUAUAUCAAAAUGUUUAUCAAAAUGUUUAUCAAAAUAUAAACAAAAUGGUACAUAAACAGAAUAAUAAAAAGAUUAAAAAGCACAUUAAUAAAGUUAUAAAUAAGACAAUAAAAAAAAGGAUUAAAAAAAUUAUAAAUAAAAAAAUACAUAACCAGUUCAAUAAAAAAAUUAAAAAGAUCGUCAACAAAAUAAUAAAUAAUAUAACAAAUAAGACAAUAAAUAAAACUAUACAUAAAAAUAUAAAUAAUAUAUUACGCAAAAACAUAAAGAACAAAAUUAUAAACAAACAUGUAAAUAAUACAAUAAAUAAAAUGCUAUAUAAAAAUAUAAAUAAUAAUAUAUUAUAUAAACACAUAAACAAUAGAAACAACCAAACUAUAAAUAAUCAUGUGAAUAAAACAACAAACAAAAUAAUCAAUCAACAUAUUAUAAAAGAAACAACAACAAAAAUAACAAACCAUACGACAUAUGAAAAUAUAAAACAUGAUAUUUGUAUAAUAAAAAAACUUAUCAAAAAAAUUAUGAAAAAAAUGAAAAAAAAGAAAAAAAAGAAAAGAAAAAGUAAUAAAUAUCAUAUAAAAAACGAAGAUAUAAUAAAACCAAGGGUACAUAAAACAAAUACACCAACGGAAAACUUAAUAAAUACACAUUCGGGAUAUGAAAAAAUACAAAAAAUCAAUCAGACAUAUAAUAAUUUAAAUAUAUUCAUAAAUAUAAAUAAUGAUCUAAAUAAAAAUGUAAUAAAUACUCCUAAUCUUCAAAAAACAAAAUUAAGAGAAAAGGAAUAUACAAAAAAUAUCAUAGAAAAAAAAAAAAAUAGAAACACUUAUAAAUGUAAAAACGAAAUAUUGAAUAUUGCAGGCAAAAGAAAAAAAAAAAAAAAAAAAAAAAAUAAUUUCAAUCAUAUAAUAAUAAAAUCAGACUUAAAAGAAAAGAAAAAUCAAAAAAAUAUAUAUCAAAACAAACUCCCUGUUGAAAAAUUAAGUAUAAUCAAAAAUAAAUACACAAAGGAUAUAAUUGUAAACAAAUAUAAUAUACAACAAGGCGAACAAUUAUAUAAUACCUUAAAAAUGAUUCUUUUGAACAAAAAUUUUAAUAAUAAUAAUAAUAAUUUUAAAAUAUUGAAAAAAACAAGUGAGGACGAAACUAAAAGAAUCAAAAUUAUGGAUAAGGAGAAAAGAAAAAAGAACCUUCACAUCAAAAUGGAAAAACAUAACAAAAUGAUAACAUAUAGAUGUGAACACAAUUUAUUUUUAAGAAUAAAUAAGAAACAUAGGAUAAUAAGAAAUAAAAAAUUAAAUUUUUCAUCCUUAAGAAAAAAACAUAGCAAUAAUAUACAAAACAUACAAAGUCAUAAUAUGAAGGUAAAAGAGAAUAAAAAAAGAAUAAAAAAAAUAUUUCUCAAAGAAUAUAAGAAAUAUAUCAAAGAAAAAAAAAAAAAAAUAAAAAAAAAAAAAAAUAAUUGCAAAAAGGAUCUAUCCAAAUUAAAGCAUCUAAAAAUCUUUAAAAAAAAGGAAAAAUUCAAUAAUAUAAUUAAGGAUAUCUUAACACAUGAAAAAAAUAUUAAAAAAAAAAUAAAAGAAAUAUUAAACAAAGAGAUUGUACAUAAAAUGGUACAUAAUCAUAUAAAAAAAAAUAAUAAUGAAAAAAAAAAGAUUAAUAAAUAUAUAUAUCCUAAUUUACACAAUCAUCAUAUACCAACAAAUUGUUAUGACCAAAACAUAAAUCUUAUAAAUAACAAUAACAAUAAUAAUAAUAAUAAUAAUAAUAAUAAUAAUAAUAACAUGUGUGUAACACAAAAACACAACUAUCAAAAUAACCAUCUAAACAAACACAUACAUACAAACGAAAAAAUUAAUAAAUUUAGGAAUACUAAAAGAGUUACACUAAAUCAAAAUUUGGCAAAAAAAAGAGCAUUUUUUAAUGCUACCGAAAAAAAAAUAUAUAUUCAUGACGAUGUAACCGAGGAUUUCUUAGCUCAUGUUGAUGACUAUGCAAGUACAAUAAUAGUUGAGGGAAAAGAAAAAAAAUAUAAAUUUGAUCAAUUAUCUAGAGAUCCAGAUGAUAUAUCGAACUUUUUUAGUUUAUCUUAA